CUUUUAUUUAGCAGCUUGUGAAUCUCUGUAUUCUAUUUUUGAAAGUCUGGAAUUCAGAUUAACGACCACAGGAUCGACUUUUAGUCUGAUAGAAUUAAAUUUGUUAAGAGAAACACAUUUGUAAAAUCUCAAUGAAGUAAAAAGAUAAAUCCCGUGACCUCAUGGAAGCCGCUUGUCUAGAGAAUAAAUAAAACCUGUACAAGUUAUCACAUGUGGAAGGAGACUGCCAUAGGACUAUAAGUAAACUGUUAGUGAAACUGUUCUCCGAUGUGAUUAUCUCACGAGAACUAUCUAUCUUAUAAACUUGAAUAUUCGGCGACAUGCACCAGAGUAAAGGCAAUACUUUUCAUUUUAACAGACUAGUUAGCACCUCAGUAUUACUCUCUCCAUCCUUAAAGACCUGUGGCGGCAAAUCGUCAGGUUUUUGUAUCUGACUUGGUUUUAAUUCUUGAACAGUCUUCCCAAUUCCUACCACAUUUGAAGGAUUGACAUCGACGUCCCAUUCUGGUUCUGACAGGAUAUUGGACAACUAAAGUGACUAUAGGCCAAUCGAAUUGUUCUUCGUAAGGCUCUACUCAGUGUUCUAGCCGUAAGUUCUGGGAGUUAUCAUGAAUUCAUCCUUUUCGGUAGUGCUCACACUGACGGAUCAUAUUUUCCCUGCCAGUUUCUUUCAUAUGCUUAGACUAUCUUUUAAUACUAAUGCCUUCUGUGCGUUUUUCAUUUUCGCCACACACAACUGCUCUGUCAUUGCGAAGAUUCUUAUUCAAUUUAUAUCUAAGCUGGUUUCUCUUCUAACCUUUGUCAGAAUCAGCUGGAAUAAGUUUUCUUGCGUCAGUUAGUUUUAAUAAGUUUGUGGAAAUCCACUGGUUUCACUUGAUUGGAAUUCACCAGUAUUUAGAUCUAGACAGCAGUAAGUUGGUUACUCUUCAGUGACCUAUCAGUGAAAUCUGAUGGCGUUUACUAACCUUUGGCUGUAGGUUGCCAAUAUUGUAUACUGCUGUUUGUAUAGCAGAUUGAAUAUCGUGUCAAGUUUCCUUAGGAGGAGGAUUUCUACCAUGUUCAGACAAAUGCUUAUCUAUCCUCUCCUUGGAUACACAACUGGCGUUCUUAUCUUCCUAUCGAGCACACAUAGACUUCUGCAUCCGUUAACGUGCAAACAUACACCUACUCGUACUAACACAUUAUCACAGUCCAAGAAGAUAAUUCAAAAACAGCUACAACUCACUGAUUAUUUCCAUCGUUGAUUGAUAAUGAUAUUGGUCUGCGUUAACCGUUGGUUUGAUGCUGACGGACUCCAAUGUGGGACAGUCUCUCUACUUGUGCUUGAAGUCGGUGGUGACUAGAAACAAAUGAUUGUCCGGAAAAAAUUGUAAUCGACAAUCGUCGUUAUCGGCCUGCCAGUAUAUGACACUGUAUAUACCUCCAAGAUACUUUUCUGAUUAAUUCAGGCCGCCCAAAUGACGUUUCAGCUUCCCUGUCUCAGUAAUUGUAUUUGAAUACGUUACUUUAGGCAACUCAUGCUUUUUGUCAUUCAAAGUGAGUUUACUCUGUGAUUUCGGUUAGAAGUGGGUAACAGACUUCACUGAUUUGUUGUUUACUCUAAUGUAAAUAAUCUAUUUGUGAGGGAUUCUUUGUCCAUUAGUAUUUUUUGUAGGUAGACAUGACGACUCUUCUCUUCAUAAUUUUAUGCCAGAAAAAAACAACUGUUGAAAAUAAAGAGGGAGAAAGGAUUUCUGUGAUUGGAUUUUGAGAUGUUCAGAUUACCUCUUCAAGCAUAUAAACGACACUUUCAACCUUCCUCAUUUUUUACAUUUCAUCGUUUCUCCACGAUUAUUAUGACAUUUUCGAUAACCCGUAGGACUUAGUUAAUCCUGGAUAUCUGUCAGAAGACUUGAACAAUUGCUUUCUCACGUUAGAUGUUCAGUUAACAAAUUCACGAAUUCAAUUCGCCGUGAUAAUUGCAGAUGAAGAAUAACAAGUUCAACUGAAAAAAUAUGAAAUCAUAUUAUUACGUGGACUCUUUUGAGUUACUUACAACACUUAAUAUCAAAAUGUAGGACUGACAAUAAUGACACAUACUUUCUCAUAAGUUGACAACAAAUUGUUGAUUAGAAUAAACGAGUGAUAUAGAUUUAGGAUGUUAAAUCCAUUCCCAUCAGUAAUUUCAUUGUUAACUUUAUAACAGUGCUUGUUUUUCCAACUUGCAUCCAAUUUUCAUAUUGUUGGGGGAACAGUAGGCAAAUGAAAGAAAACUGCGAAAUAAAAUGACUCCACAUUAUUUCUUAAUAGGAUUAUCAAUUUGCAAGUUAUUUACAAACUCUGCGAUCCACAUUGACAUUUUUUCCACCUGAGUAGUUUUUCAACUGCCUGCCUGUGGUUUCAACAGUGUUUACGUGAAAACGAGGUGUGAUCUCUGAUACGAAUUGCCAUUAACUGAUGAAAUGUCUUAAUGAACAACAUGAACAGUUAGAAACCAUUCACGCUGAUCUUCAGGUUUCACUAGCCAGGUGGAAGUGAACUAAACAGUGGAUGGUCUUUUUGCCCGUUCUUGACUGAGGUGGUUAUUGGUGUACUCGGACGAAUUCAGUUUAUAAAGCCGAAUUGUUCUAAUCAACUAAACCUAACUAACUGACAUGGAUUAACCGGUUCACGAUGAUCGGUUUGCGAGUUGUUUGCAGAUUGCACAGUCCAUGUUGACAUCAGAAGUUUUUCAACUGUAUCAUCAGCAACGUCCUCGUUGGAAAUCAUCCUUUCAGUUUCACAAGGUAUGGUCUCUGGGAUAAAUUACCAUCAACUAAAGAAAUAUCCUACAGUUCUGUUACACUUUAUUUACUAACUGUUCCUGAACUGAGAACUGUAUCAAGUAUUGCGAAUUAUAUAAUAUUUUACAGAAUUCAGCAAAGUAUGUGCCUGCUUGAAGGUAUAGUUACUGUGAUAAGGCUGCAUUUAUGAGUUAUUUGAGACUACACUUUGUAACACUUAGUCACAUGUAAUUGACAGUUUUGUCAGUGUCGUUGAAAAGUUUACUAUACUCAAAGAUAAAAAGAUCUACUUUUCACAUAUAGUUUAUGUAAAAUCAACAUGGCUAUACAAAAUAAACAGACUCAAAGUGGUAAAUAUGAUGAGUAGAAAACUACUGUGAACAAAUCAUAAAAUAUUCAAAUUAGGAUGCUAUAUACUAGUAUAUUAGUCCUCGAUUCUAAGUGUCGUCAAGUGAUGAGGUUUUUUAAAGUGUCAUUUUCUUCCGCUUCCUUAUCAUACUCUUUUAUACAUUUAAAGCAUUUUAUUAGCAUGCAAUAUGGUUGCGGUAUUCAGCUAUCUUGUAUCUAUCAUUCACUCAAGAUACCUGAAGACAAGAAGAUAAUAUGGAGGCCCUAUAUUUAUGCACUUGUAAACACUUUAUUAACGCACGUAGUUGUUUCUCACCUAAAGAAGUUUUUCAGUUGGUGUGAAUUCACUACAACAGUACCUACAGUGGCUUAUUUUGUACGUGCAAGAUGGAAAAUGAUUACCAAGCAAUUCGUAAAUGAUUUAAUUGAAAAUGGGGUAAUUCAAGCAAGAAACAAUUCUAUCGUAACGAUAUCAUGCAGUCAUCUUAAUGAAAUUACGGAAAGGCAUAUCUUGAAUUCAAAUAAUUUUCAUCCACCUACAAAUCUUCUUAGUCUUAAUCAACGUUUAAAACUACAAAAUGGUUUGUUUGAUGUAUUCAAACGUAUGAGAGUUGAGUUUCCGUCUGUUUACGAACCGUCUUUACAAUCAACUAAAUCAGCCUUCACUGCUUUAUUGGCUUUUCGUUCACUAACUUAUUCAGUAGGAUUUCGUCGAUUUUGGAUUGCUAAAUUGGACAUUCUGGAUUGUUUCAAUCAAAUUGUUCACUCAAAGUUAUUAGAAAUAUUUUCAACUGUUUUUGAUGAAAUUAGCGUUCAUAUUUAUCCGCGACCAAAUAUCCAACUACUUAAACGUGAAUUGGAAUGGGUUUUAACAGAAUCCCUUCUUUCUAUUGGUGGGAAUUUAUACUCAUUUGUGAAAGGCAUUCCACAAGGUUCUUGUAUUUCAUCAGAUCUAGCAAAUAUAUAUUUAUCUUGUUUGGAUCGAGAACUGUAUGCAACGCGUAUUCUUUGGUCUCCACAUAAAUCGCUACAAAAUUCUGUAUUCGAAACAACUAAUCAUAGUGUCAGUAAAUAUUCAACUAUUCUUCGUUAUUUAGAUGACUACUUGUGCAUCUCGACUUCUAAGAAGGAUUUAUUGAGUAUUAUGACAGAAUUACAAAACAAGCUUAAGUCUUAUGGUUGUGCAGCAAUGAAGAAAAAUCCCAGAAUAAUUUAUAUAAUUCAAAUACUCCUAUCAAAUGGCUUGGAAUUGAAAAGUAAUCCUCCUGUAUUUUGUCGAUUUUCUGGUCAGCCAUUAUCAGCUGCUAAGUGUAUUCGACGAAUAUGUAAGUUUCGGCUUCAUCGGUCAACUUGGCGUUUCACUUUCUACAAAAUUAAAUACAAUAUUAAUGUUAAAAGAAAUGUAUUUGAUUUCAGUAAUUUAAAUGCAAAGAAGAAUGAUCAUGUUUUCCGAAUCAACGCUAUUCGACUAGGUAGUAAGAUAGCUGAUAUUAUAUGGAUAUCUUUGAAAACUUCACCUGAGAAAGAUAAAUUAACUCAACCAUCAGUUUGCAGACGAUUAGCAAGUAAGCCUAAUGUCAUUAAUUUAGGACUUUUUUUUUUCAUGAAUAUGACUUAUGAAGAAAUGAUUGAUUUAAAUAUUAUUCUCAUCAUGAACUGGUAUCGCUUCGAAAACUAUUUUAAGUCAAAGGAAAUUGGACAGUUGUAUCACAAUAACUUUGAACAGCCUUGUGGUGUAAACUCUGUAGUAGAAACGAGAUCAAGUUCAAGAUUUCCACUUCUUAUGACAAGUACAUCACAUUUCAGCAGUUGUAUUCUAAUUAAGUUGUUCACACCUUUCAACUUUGGUCAAUUCAUCAGAAAUCUGACUAUCAUUGAAGUUUUUACUCUCGAUUUAGUUGUUAAAAAUGACAACUUGAAUGACGUAACUGCCAAAUACCGGCAAGUAAGUGGUGGGAUCACUUCUCGAAGUCGGACACUAGCCGAAAUUAGCGAAGAAUUGGAACGAGUUAAAAUUGAAAUGGACGAGAAAGGCUCGAGUAUGACAGAUGGAUCAUCUGUAUUACGUAUUAAACAAGCUAUUCAAAGACUGAAGUCAGAGAUCACUGCAAUGGAUAUUAGAACUGGUGUUUUGGAACACAUUUUGCUGCGAACACAUUUAAGGGUUCGUGAAGAUAGUCAAAAACCCCUAUUUUCUAAAGUGAUGGAACCAUCAAAUGGAGGUGGAGCAUUUGUAUUUUGA